AUGCGAAUCUUGCCAGGGGCCACGGCGGGCGACGAGCCCUCUCCCAAGACGGCAGAGGACAAGAACCAGCACCGCCGGAUGCAAGUCCGCAGGGCCCAGAUCCACCAUCGCCAGCGCAAGGCAAACCACGUCAAGCAGCUCGAGCUCGACGUCUGCCAGCUGCGGGACCUCAUCGCCCUCGCCAAGCACGACGCCCGCGCCCUCGAGCGCCAAAACGACGACAUGCGCGCCGUCCUGCGCACCGGCGCUGACCGUCGCCAGCAGCCCGUCGCCGGCCCUCCGCCUCGGCACUCGUGGCCGCUCCCCGAGCCGGCGUCGCCCGAGAUGUUUGGCGGCGUCGACGUCGACGACUUGACCGUGACGCUCGGCGUUAGCGAUGCCAUGGGCACGCCCUGCUUCCAGAUCAGCCCCCGCUCCUCGUCGAGCGGCAGAAGCCCUUCCAUACGCGGCAGCAGUCCCUCGGAGUCGUUGGGACCCGAGGCGCCGCUGACGCCCGAGCAGGAACAGCGAGCCAUCAACUUUAUCCUUGCACUCGAGCACAUCUGCUGGAACCACUUCGCCCCAGGCGACUUCCACUCCCACACGCACCAGUCAGAAAAACCGCGCGGCCACGCCCUCACCGCCAGCGCCUACCUGAUGGCCAGCGCUCCCGAGUCCGUCUAUAAAGACCGCAAUGCACUGAAAAGCAGCUGGCCCGCGCCGGCCAUGACGCUCGCCUCGCUGCUCGGCCUGGCCCGGUCGCUCAACCCGGGCGACAAGGAGACCACGCCCGUCCAGGCCUGGUUCGAGCUGGCCUCACGCUACCCCGUUGGCCUGCUGCUGGGCGGCGACGCGCUCGAGGCCCUGUUACGCGAGUUCAAGGGCGUCGUGCACUGUAUCCAUUUCGGGGCCGUCAUGGAGAGGAUGGCGUUUGAGAGCGUCGUGAUGAGGGUCCUGGGCCCGCCCGAGGCGCCUGUGUGCGCUGCUGGCUGA